AGAACCGGUAGGGAGGCAUAUUGGGAGCUGGAGAUGUUUUAGUGGAGUGGAGGGCACCAAAGUGUCACCGCGGGCUAGUGGAAGCUGGGCGCCCAGGAGUUGCUGAGUUAACGCCCGCGCGCAGGCAGGAGCGCGAUCCCGCCGCGGCAGUGCAGAGCCCAGGAGCAAAGUGCGGGCAGCUGGGCGCGGGCAGGAGGGUAAAUGGGAGGAGGGGCGGGGCGGCGCGGGGUGGGAACACGGCGGCGGGAGGAGGGUCUCCAAGCCCGGCCCGAUCAGCGAGCGCUCUGAGCCUGCGUCCACCGAGGGGGAGGGUUUCCCCGGCCCGGCCGGAGGGGCGGCUGGGCGCUUCUGGCUCCCAGCGCAAACGACUGUCAAGGGAGUAGGAGAGCAGAGCUGCCGGAAGUGCCUGCGAAUCGAGAGAACUUUCCUGCUCCGGCCGCGGCCCGGAGCCUCCGCCGCCUCCGCGCUUGCGGCGACGAUGCGUCCGAAUGACAACGACCUGAGCGGACCCGCGCCUUGGCCCACCGCCCGCGUGGGCGCUCGCCUCGCCUCGGGGGAAGAAGCCUGAGCCCGGAGGCGUCCGCGCGCCGCCGAGUCCCGCGCAGGCGGCGCGGCGUGCGGGACCGUUUCCCUUGCACGUCCCCUCGCGUCCCGGCUGGUUCCCCAGGAUCGCGCGUCCCAGGCGCCGGCUGCGGUCGCCAGCUGUCCCCGCCUCGACCGCCGGCCCGGACCUGCCCUGGGCGGCCGCUGGCAGUGCUGGUGCCAUGGGGCUGCCGACUCUGGAGUUCAGUGACUCCUACUUGGACAGCCCGGAUUUCAGGGAGCGCCUGCAGUGUCACGAGAUUGAACUGGAGAGAACCAACAAGUUCAUUAAAGAGCUCAUUAAGGACGGCUCUCUGCUCAUCGGGGCGCUGAGGAAUCUGUCUAUGGCAGUACAGAAAUUUUCCCAGUCAUUGCAAGAUUUCCAGUUUGAAUGUAUUGGUGAUGCUGAAACAGAUGAUGAAAUUAGUAUCGCUCAGUCACUAAAAGAAUUUGCAAGACUACUCAUCGCAGUUGAAGAAGAAAGGAGAAGACUGAUUCAAAAUGCCAAUGAUGUAUUAAUUGCGCCACUUGAGAAAUUUCGCAAAGAACAAAUAGGUGCAGCAAAAGAUGGAAAGAAGAAGUUUGACAAGGAGAGUGAAAAAUACUAUUCUAUUCUUGACAAACAUUUAAAUUUGUCUGCAAAGAAAAAAGAAUCCCAUUUGCAAGAGGCGGAUACACAGAUUGACCGAGAACAUCAAAACUUCUACGAAGCGUCAUUAGAAUAUGUCUUUAAAAUUCAAGAGGUUCAAGAAAAAAAGAAGUUUGAAUUUGUUGAACCGCUCUUGUCCUUCCUUCAGGGUUUAUUUACUUUUUACCAUGAGGGAUAUGAACUCGCCCAGGAAUUUGCACCAUACAAACAACAGCUGCAGUUCAACUUGCAAAAUACAAGGAAUAAUUUUGAAAGUACUCGACAAGAGGUAGAGCGGUUGAUGCAAAGGAUGAAAUCUGCCAAUCAAGAUUACAGACCACCUAGCCAGUGGACAAUGGAAGGCUACCUUUAUGUCCAGGAGAAACGACCCCUUGGUUUUACAUGGAUUAAACAUUAUUGUACAUAUGAUAAGGGAAGUAAAACAUUUACAAUGAGUGUUUCAGAAAUGAAAUCCAGUGGGAAAAUGAAUGGCCUUGUAACUAGCUCACCAGAAAUGUUUAAAUUAAAAUCUUGUAUUCGACGAAAGACAGAUUCAAUUGAUAAACGAUUCUGCUUUGACAUAGAAGUAGUCGAAAGGCAUGGGAUCAUCACAUUGCAGGCCUUCUCAGAAGCUAAUCGGAAACUCUGGCUUGAAGCCAUGGAUGGGAAGGAACCGAUUUACACUCUGCCUGCAAUUAUUAGCAAGAAAGAAGAAAUGUACUUAAAUGAAGCAGGUUUCAACUUUGUGAGAAAAUGCAUUCAAGCUGUGGAAACAAGAGGCAUCACCAUCUUAGGUCUCUACCGAAUAGGAGGCGUGAACUCCAAAGUUCAGAAGCUCAUGAAUACCACAUUUUCUCCCAAAUCCCCUCCUGAUAUGGACAUCGAUAUUGAACUGUGGGAUAAUAAAACAAUAACAAGUGGGCUGAAAAACUACCUCAGGUGCCUUGCAGAACCACUGAUGACUUACAAAUUACACAAAGAUUUUAUUGUUGCUGUUAAAUCUGAUGACCAAAACUACCGGGUAGAGGCUGUACAUGCAUUGGUGCACAAAUUGCCAGAAAAAAACAGAGAGAUGCUGGACAUCUUAAUAAAGCACCUGGUCAAAGUGUCACUACAUAGCCAACAAAAUCUCAUGACUGUCUCAAAUCUUGGGGUCAUAUUUGGUCCAACUCUAAUGAGAGCACAGGAAGAAACUGUGGCUGCCAUGAUGAAUAUUAAAUUUCAGAAUAUCGUUGUUGAAAUUCUGAUAGAGCACUAUGAAAAGAUUUUUCAUACUGCCCCAGACCCAAGCAUUCCUCUUCCUCAGCCUCAGUCUCGAUCUGGAUCCCGAAGGACACGUGCCAUCUGCCUGUCCACAGGCUCCCGGAAGCCCAGAGGGAGGUAUACUCCAUGCUUGGCAGAGCCCGAUAGUGACUCCUAUAGCAGCAGCCCGGACAGCACACCCAUGGGAAGCAUCGAGUCACUUUCCUCCCACUCCUCUGAACAAAACAGCACAACAAAGUCUGCUUCCUGCCAGCCCAGGGAGAAGUCUGGGGGGAUUCCUUGGAUUGCAUCCCCAUCACCUUCCAACGGACAGAAAAGUCUUGGUCUCUGGACCACUAGUCCUGAGUCAAGUUCUAGAGAAGAUGCAACCAAAACAGAUGUAGAAUCAGAUUGCCAGAGCGUUGCCUCAGUCACUAGCCCAGGGGAUGUGUCCCCACCCAUAGACCUGGCCAAGAAAGGGCCAUAUGGGCUUUCAGGACUGAAAAGAGCCUCAGCUUCCUCUCUGAGAUCCAUCUCUGCAACUGAAGGAAACAAGAGCUACAGUGGAUCCACUCAAAGCUUAACUUCUAUAGGUUCCAAAGAGACGCCCAAAGUGCCACCAAACCCAGACCUGCCUCCAAAAAUGUGCAGUAGGUUAAGGCUGGACACUGCCUCCAGCAAUGGCUACCAGCGACCUGGCUCCGUCGUGGCGGCAAAGGCCCAGCUGUUUGAAAAUGUUGGUUCACUUAAGCCAGUUUCUUCUGGGCGCCAAGCCAAAGCCAUGUACUCCUGUAAAGCAGAGCACAGCCAUGAGCUUUCCUUCCCACAGGGGGCGAUAUUUUCUAAUGUGUACCCAUCGGUAGAACCAGGAUGGUUGAAGGCAACUUAUGAAGGCAAAACAGGACUCGUGCCAGAAAAUUAUGUUGUCUUCCUCUAAUACCAUUUAGUGGAUGAUUGUAUCUUCAUGGUAUCCAUGGUAACAAACAAUAAGUGCUAUGAUUUUAUAUGACACAGAUAUGGGGAUCAGCCCAUUAAAACGAAAAGUCAAUUUCUAGCAUGUUCUACACCGGCAGACUAUGUAGCUCCCUAUUAAUGGAAAGCAAAAAAAUGUUUAAAUUUUUUGCCGUGUUUUUUAAUUUUUUUUUUUUUUUGGCUGGCUUCUUAUUUUAAAAUAGCUUGCCCCCCACCUUUUUUUGGUUAAGUAACUUUCCACAGUGUCUCCUAAAAAUUAUAGAAUCUCAAAUACUAUGUUAAGAGCUGUAGCCCAGAAAUUUGGACACUAGAAAUCUGCUUAUAAGAGUUUGGAGAUCUGCCCUUUAUUGUCUGGUUUCUCUGAGAAAUCUUGAAAUUAUCACUAAAAAAAAAAAAAAAAAUGUAAUUUAAAUUGUUCAUGUAUUGUUAAAAAUAUACUGCUUAAAAAUAUACUGCUUUUAUAUAUAUGAUUGUUUUGCUGGUCCUAAACAUUUCCAGGAAAUUAGGGGUUUUUUUAAACAUAAGUUUUUUAUUUGUUUACCAAGGAGAUGAUUAUAUUCAAAAGCAAUAAUGUGUAUGAUAGCUGCAAAUGAAACCAAAUUAGGUUGUACACUGAUUCCACUGUAAACACUCUAUUCAGCAUUCCAGAUAUCUUAUAUGGGCUUGGAGCAGGGAUCAGCAAACUAUUUCAGUAAAGGCCUGGGAGUAAAUAGUUUGUGUUUAGCAGGCUCUGUGGUCUCUGUCACACUACUCCAUUCUGCCAUGGUAGCAGAAAGCAGCCAGUGACAAGUAAAUGUGUGUGCCUGGGUACCAGUUCAACUUCCUUUCAGGAUGCUGAAAUCUGAAAAUUAUGAUUAUCACGUGCCACUAAAUAUUAAGCUGCUUUGACUUUUAAAAAUUCACUUAAAAGUAUGAUUUUUUAGCCAAUGGGCCAUACAGAAACAGGUGGCAGGCCAGAUUCAGCUGGGUCAUGGUUUGCUGACCCCUGGUUUAGAGGAUAUGUAAAACUUUUUAUCACUUUGAGAAUUUUUAAAAUUUUAUUCCAUGAACAUAUAAGUACUGAUAAAUCAUACGCACAUACCCUCUGCUAGUAGCAUGAGAGCGGCAUCACAAAUGUUUAAUUACAAUAGUAGGAAGGCGGUGUAAAAAUGCAGUAUCCAGGCAUACAGCUUAAAUUCUACUUGUAGCUCUGUAAAGGGUCUAAGCGUUUUAUUGAGAUCUAAUUUUGACUUUUGAGAAAUUCUCCUACCAGUGAUAAAGAUGAUGCUCUUUAAGACACAGGUGGGGACCCUAUGCCUUUUAAAGUCUCUGCUUAGUUGAAACGGAACCUAAACAUUAAGGUACAGGAUUCUUAAAUUAUUUCGAAACAGAGUUUGAAAUUGUUUCAUCGUCUUUAGCAGGGAUAAAGUAAUACAUGAUUUUCUCUUAUGCCUUUCAGUUAACAGCCUUUAUUAGGAAUUUCAUUGAAUUUAUGGGGCAUAGAAAUAGGUAUUUACUACCCAUUCAUAUCUACUGUUGAUAUCUGGUCGUGCAUCAACCAUCAUUUCUAUUAUGUCUAUUUUCGUAAUUCUCAUAUUAUUUUCAUUCAUAUCUGCAUGUGGCAAAGAGCCUGUCUUCUCAAGAUUCUAAAAAGCUGGUUCUCUGCCACCUACUGCCACUGCGCUGGCCCCCUUGGCCACAGUAUCUUACUUGUUAUUUCCAAGUCCUUCACUGUACAGACACUCAGGUAUUGACUGUAGACCAUUCUUUUCCUGUGAUAGCAUGAUCUGUAAUCUCAAUCUUUUCAACUCUCAAUGAAUGUUUCUAGAGUUAAUAGGUUAAAUUAUACGCAGUCACAUACACAGAUAUGCCUUGGAGCCUUUAUGUUUUUAAAAUUGAAAAUGGAAUCAUGGGUUAUGAUUUAAAGGUAAAGAGAGUAAAUAAAAGUAGGCGGAAUCACAACCAGAAAUAAGUAUCAGUGCAUUGAAAUAAAGGAAUGAAAAAUAUUUAAUGUUAAAAAUUAGUAAUAUAAUGAAAAAAAUCUGAUAAGUUUGUCUCCUUUUUUGUUACAUACUGCUGUUGAGUUUUGUACACUAUAAUUACGUGUUGCUAGUGCUUCUUGGUCUCUAGAUUCUUUGUGGCCCUUAGUAUAGUAGUUGCAUUGCUGACACCCUGACUACCCUCUGCUGGAACAGAGGCAGUCUUUCUAGUGCACCGGUCCCUUAGUCUACAGCACCCUCAGUUUAAGCACCCUUGCUAGCAUCUGGCAUCCUACUAAAUUAGAGCCUCUUAAGGCAUAUUGAUUUUCUUUCAAAGACCAACUUGACUCCAGAAAGUGAUUCAGAAUCCUACUUCACUUGCUGCUGCAUAAAGAUAUCUUAACCUUCAUUUUAUUUUCACACAGGCCAGAAUGUUCCUGCCUCUGAGUUGUCUGUGAGCUAAUUCUGCAGAUGCUCAGUGAGGAAUUAAAGCAUUUGCUGUAGAACACAUGGGCCUGAAGCCCAUCUUCUUUCUCAUGGUGAGGCAUAUGUCGUGGCAGUACUUGAUAUGGUCACUUUUUUGAAACAAGCUUGUUCAAAUUGUGCUUUUGUUUGAAGUUCUAAUCUUAUAGAUUUGUGAGCAUGGUUCUUUUUUUUUUUUUCAUAUUGAUUGUGUGUAGAAGUAAGUCGUGGUCAUAGGCUAGAGACAGACAAAAGCUGCUUUUCCGUGGCAAUGUUACCAACAGAUAAGGUAUUUAUGAACAUUGAGAAAAUCAGGACAUGUGCUCUAAAUCGCAUGGAAUAUUAAUGACACUAGAAGGGAAUGCCAGUCAUCAGAAAAGGAUUACAUUUGAAAUUGUAACAGCAUUGUAAUAAUGAAACUUAACUUUUCAGAGAUGUAGUGAAGAUAUGUUAGAAUUGCCACGUCUACAUCUUUAAACACACAACCUGGGUGCCCUAAUCACUGCCGAUGGUAUAAUCAGUAAGAAUGAGAUUGACGAGUCUGUCAAUCAUCUCAUCUGUUAUAUGAAAAUGUCAAGUACAGAACUUUUAUGUACUUAUCAAGUGUCUCUUUUGUUGUGCCGUAACUCUGCCAACUUGGUAGAAACAACUUGGUAGCCUUCAGUCAGGAAACAGUCUUUAAAGUUUGUGAAGUACGAGGAAGUGCCAUUUCUCCUCGUUUGAUGGGAGUGGUUUUACCAGUUGUGUUGGCUCUCUGGACUUGGCACUGUGAAUGAGCAUAACCAGGCUUCUUAACAGUGGCUCACCUGCUAGCUCUUUCAGGAAUGAUGAGGGUUUUUUAAUGCACCUUACAAUUCCAAACCAUCCAGGUUCCAAAGAAGAAAAAUAAAGAGACAUAAUGAUUUUUGUUUUAUUCCUAUUCUGCGAUAAUUGACUUGACAUACCAGUGGCAUGCCCUCUGAAAAUCCUUCACGAUGUAAGGAAAAUAAAUCUGACGCUGCGAAGAAAGUGCCUAUUAGCCUGUGAAGAAAGUACCUGUUAACCUCCUUAGCCCCAGCCUCAUCUUCAGAUCUGGCUGUGUCUGAUGUGCAAAGGAUACCAUUUAUAUGGAUGCUGGAUUAGAAGAGUCCCUAAGAGCCUUUCUUCAAACAACUUCAAUUUCUAGUAUGCCCCCCAUUAUGUAUCUGGGAUGCCUUAAUCAAUAUUUAGAACCCCAACUUGAUUGGUACUUCAUUAACCAACGCUUAGAGGCAGACCAAUUUAGAAACAGAUUUUGUGCUUUGGUUUUAUAUUUGUAGUUUGCAGCUGUUAUUAUGACCUAACAUCCCAGGGUUGGAGUCAAAAGUCAUAUCUCCUGGUAAAGAAAAAAAAGGCAGAGACUUGACUCUUUACUAAAGGUUUCCCACUUAAGGUAAAAUUGCUAUUUACUUUUGCCUCCACCUUGGUUACCUUCCAAAAUCAAACACUUCUUACAGAUAAGUAGUCUGUUGAAUAGUCUUCUGAAGAGUCUGAUUCUUGCCUCUCUCUUGUUGAUCCACAGACAUAAUUCAGGUAUUUAUCAAGGAGCCUCACAUCUCCUGACCCUAGUCACUGUAUCCAUCCUUUGUCACAAGUAUCUCCCUGCCUCCAAUCUGUGAGGUAGCAACUCUUGGAUAAAUUCAGGCUUAUGAAUGACAUGGACUUUUAGAGGAUCAGGUAAAUAAAUAGGGUUUUUCACUUUUUUAGGGCAGUUGAAUUCACUGUUUUGAAUAAGGAAUCUCAAGUAAGUUGACAGCCCUACAGCAAGCCAUAGGCAGAAAAGUGAUCUGCGUAUUUUAGACCAAAGUUUAGAAGCUGUUGCAUGACUUAAGGAGCUGAACAGGUCAUCCUUUCUCUCCUUGGCACCCGGAAGAGAGAGAUGUCAAGUUCAGAGGCAAAACAUUACAUUCUUGGUGCCACAGGGAGAAAUGGAGGCUGUGUGCCACUGAAGAGUCUCAAAAGGCAGGGGCCACUUGCAGUUAUUAGAGACAUAAAUAUCCUCCAUCCGCCAAGAUGUUCACAUUCAGGGCCACGUGAGGACCUUAAAUGCUGGAGGGAGUGCUUCCUCACCUUAAUUAGAUGAUUACCUUCUCCCCUUUGUACCACCCCUUGGCAGUGUUUCUCGUGAUCUUUGUCCUUCCAAGGUUAACAGCAGCCCAACUUUGCCUUUGACCCCACUGUCUGUUAGAUUAAAAGUGUGCAUUGUUUUUUCUAUGGCAGUGAGUUCGAGAUUUCAUAUCUGCCUCUGUGUCUUCCAUCAUGAUUUAUUCUUAAAAGCCAAGAUAUCAUCACACAUGGAAGGCCGUGAUUUCAAGAGUGUUCUCUUUGAACUCUGAGCUGAAACUUCUACAGAUAAAUAAGGAGUGUGGCAGGGAAGAUGACUGUCUUGUUUUUUGUUUUAAUUCAGAAUCCUAUUUAUAUACUGUUAAAAUUUGAGGUACUAUAGUUUAUGUAAAAGUUGAAUAUUUAGAUGAUAUAUUUCAGUACUAGGAAUUUGUCUGCGGCCAUUAACGUAACAAAUUAAGUAAUAAAUGUGAUGAAAAUGAUUGUCAGUAAAUUAUCAUAUUGAAUUUUUUGUUUAUUUUGUAGUGUUUUUGUAUUUAUCUGCACUUUGUGUAUAUAUACACACAUACGUAUACGAACAUGUAAAUAACCUCAUGUUAUUCCUUAUCUCAAUUGCCACAUUAUCUUUAAUGUAUGUUUACACUGUAUUUUAAAUUACUUUAAAAAUAAACUAUGAAACACAAUUUAGUCUUGGUACUUGAAAAUCCACUGUGUUAGAGGUCAACUGUCCUGGAUUCAUACAGAGAAAAACCAAAGUUUCAGGCACUGUAAGUGGUCAUUUUGGGCGUGGCUGAGUGGAAAAUCGAAGCAGAAUUGGUCAUCUUUUCCUGACAAAUGGACCUUUUUUCAAGAAAUUGGCAUUAUGAAAGAUCAAGAAAAUUUUAAUGUUGGUACGUCUUAAUAAUGCAGAUGUCAACAGGAAAGAAAAGCAAACAGACCAUAAACAAAUGAUCAAGAACACAGAUUUUUUGGCUUACCUGAAAAUAAAAGUCUACAAAAGUUUACAGGUAUGUUCUGGAAGAAGUAUCAGCAUACAGAUAAUCCGCUUAGACUUUUUUGGUCACUGUUUGACUACUAAAUAAAAUUUUGCUUGUCCUCAUCAAAAAA